GAAUGGUGAUAUAUUUCCAAGUCGGGAUGUUGGAGUUUGCAGUGCAGAUGAGCUGUGAGAGUUGUGCCAAUGCCAUCCGAAGUGCCUUGACUGGGGUUAAUGGAAUCCAAUCGGUGGAUAUUGAUGUCAGCACAGAGCAGGUACUAAUCGACACGACACUGACAUCUGGGGAGGUGCAAGCGCUGAUAGAGAGCACGGGCAGGCGGGCCGUGUUAAAAGGAAUGGGCCCAACCACACUUAAGGACCUGGGUGCUGCUGUGGCAAUGCUGGGCCCAGAGGGCGACAUCAAGGGCGCAGUGCGAUUCCUGCAGCUUUCGGAGAACCUGUGCCUCGUCGAGGGAACGAUUGAUGGUCUGAAACCCGGCCUGCAUGGGCUGCAUGUGCAUGAGUUCGGAGACCUGACCAACUCCUGCCUCAGUUGUGGUGACCAUUUCAACCCAGGAAAGAACAGGCAUGGAGGGCCAAAGGAUGUAGACCGGGGCAUAGGAGACUGAGGGAAGGUUUACCGGACUCAUACCUGGAAUGGGAGGGUUGCAUUUAGAAGAUGCGAUGAACGUUUGAAGGUAUCCGACAUCAUCGGCCGGUCCGUGGCAGUUGACAGCAGCGAGGAUGACUUAGGCAGAAGUGCCCAUCCUCUGUCCAAGAUCACGGGCAACUCAGGAGAACGUUUGGCCUGUGGAAUUAUCGCUCGUUCGGCUGGACUCUUCCAGAAUCCCAAAAGGAUCUGCUCGUGCGACGGCGUGACCCUGUGGGAAGAGCGGGAUCGACCAAUCGCAGGGACGGGUCGCAAGUCCCAGGAUCCACCCACGGCUAACCUAUGAACCAGGUCUAUCCUGGUUCCUCCCAACCACACCCAUGCCCCCCCACUCCUACCCCACAAUCGCCGCACCCCCCUUUCCCCAAUCCCACUCUCCCCCACCCUCCCAACAAAAACUCUGACCAGCUUCUAAUCGAAUGGCACGUAGAAAUCUUUUAGAAAAUACAUUCGCUUCUUCUGGGAGUGGGGUACUGAGGCCAAUCUGAUCUGUCAAGCCCGACUGACCCUUGACCCCAUCCAUGACGUCCAUGUGGGGUUAACGGUGCCACUCGCAGGAGGCGGUUGCCGUGGUUCCUCGCCCCGACCAUGGCAACUGCACUCCGAAGGCCCAUCGUUGGCUGUGGACACAACACACAGGGUGCCUACCCACUGGGCGCUACAGCAAUGUAAUUCUCACUCGCUAAAUCGAAAUGGCCAAUCGCUUGUUGCAAGUCAAAGCCUUUGUCGCGAGAUUUUGAUUUCCGGCUGAAAGUGCCAGCCCCACCAUUUCAAGUGGCGUCAAGAUUUAUAAUUUAGUCUUUGCUUCUUGAAGUGAUUUAACUUGGAAUCGAAACGUGAUUACUUGAUGCUUUCUGUAAAAGGAUCUUUUUUAGAAUGACUCUCAACAGCGACAGUACAAUAAAGUUCAGUGAUGAUUUGAAAUCAAA